CACACUAGUGCCAACAUGGCGUUCACUCUGUAUGCACUAAUUCAAACAGCGAUUUUAUUCACUAAUGCCAUCGCCGUUCUCCAUGAAGAGAGAUUUCUUAGUAAAAUUGGCUGGGGAGCAGAACAAGGUAUCGGCGGAUUUGGAGAUGAACCAGGGAUUAAAGCACAACUUCUCAAUCUUAUUCGAUCUGUCAGGACUGUCAUGAGAGUGCCUCUGAUAGCAGUCAAUUCAGUAUGUAUUGUCUUACUAUUAUUGUUUGGAUGAAGAAAGAACGGACCUCAGUGGAACGAAAUGAAUAUGGCAAAGGAAAAUUUACUUUUUUUUUAACCUGUGUCUAUAUAUGUUGCUCUCGAAAUUGUAUUCUGAAUUACUGUAAAUCCUCUGGGAGUUUUAUAUUAAAAUAUCAGUAAGCAUUUCUUCCUUUUGUAUGUUUUGUAACUUCAAUUACUAAUAUUACAAAAGCACCUGUGUUUAUGUGCUAUUUUCAAUAUGGUGUCCUACUAUCAAGAUUCAAUGAGAACAAGUCAAACAGGUUCUCUCAUCGUUUAUUCACCCUCACGCCAUCCCAGAUGUUUGACUUGCUUGCUACAAGAAUAUCUCAGCUCUGUAGGUCCAUGCAAUGCAAGUGAAUGGUGGCAAGAACAAAGGUCUUCAAGGUCCAAAAAGCCCAUAAAGGCAGCAUAAAAGUAAUCCAUUUGACUCCGUUCCAUCUUCAAAAGUGGAAUGAUAGGUGUGGGUGAGAAACAGAUACAUAAGUACUUUUUUUACUAUGAAUCUCCACUUUCAUUUUCACGUUCUUUUGUUUUUGGCCAUUUGCAUUCUAUGUGCAUAUCGCCACCUACUGGGCAGGGAGGACCUUUGUCUAUGGAAGAUCUAUAUGCUUUUUGGACCUUCUAUGUUCUGGUCACAGAAGCUGAAAUAUUCUUCUAAAAAUCUUAAUUUGUGAUCAGCUGAAGACAGAAAGUCAUACACAUCUGAGAUGGCAUGAAGGGGAGUAAAUGAUGAGAGAUUUUUCAUUUUUGGGUGAACUGUCCCUUUAAGAAAUGCAACCUUUUCUAUCUGAAGAGAUGAGGUUUGAAUUUUGAACAAAGUAGCCUCUGCCCUUGUGAGCCAGUCAAUGCAAAGAAAAAAAAGAAUUGUUAAUUUUUCACAUUUUAAUAAAUUCAAUGUGACUUUACAUGUAUUUUGCCUUGGCUGAAUUU